AUGCCUCUUUCAACCAGUGAUUCGUCAUAUGAUUCCGGUCCGCGAUUGCUCAGAGAUGUCUGGGGCCUCACAGCGGUCGCCAUCGUAGUUGUGAUUCUGAGGAUUAUUGCGAAGUUGAGGAUCGGGAAGUUUGGCGCGGAUGAUCUCCUCAUGGCCUUCGCAUUGUGCACGGCUCUUGUCGGCUCUAUUAUGAUCACCCUGGCCAUUCAACUGGGGUUCGGUCAAAAGUUGUCAGCUAUUGAUCCAUCAAAUGUUUCAAAAGUCAUCAUGCACGACUACCUGACUCAAACAUUUUGCCUUGCAGGCGGUGCCAUGGGCCGGGUGUCCUUUGUUGUCUUCAUAAUUGGGCUUCUUGUGCAGAAGUCAUCGCAGAAAAUCGCAUUGUGGACCUUGGUUGGUCUGCAGGUGGUGGUCAACACUUUAUUUAUAAUCAUCAUUUUUGUCCAAUGUCCAGGUCAUGAAUCGGCAAUCUGGGAUUAUUCCGGCAAAAGGAAAUGCUGGGAUGUCCACGUGCAAGCAUAUUAUGGGUACUUCCAAGGAGCCUUCAAUGCGACUACUGAUUUGUCUCUUGCUAUCUUCUCAACAUAUACUUUCUGGAAUUUGAACCUGAGGCUACGGGUCAAAGUGGGGCUGGUGACUUUGCUUGGACUGGGUAUUUUUGCUAUGAUUGCCGCAAUUAUUAAAACAGUACAAACUCGCGUCCUCGCAGCCGCAGACAGUGACCCAACAAUCGCUACAGUCACCUACGACCGUUGGCUAUUUAUUGAAACAUAUUUGGUCAUCGUGACGACUUCUAUUCCUUCCAUCCGGUCCCUUUUCCGAUCCAUGGACGGCAGAAAACUGAAUAGUAGAAAUACACAUGAGCUGAGCCCGCGUCACUUGGUCAGCUUCUUGCAUACAUCGAGGAGAGGACGAGAGUCGUCAAUCGAUGGGAAAAGAAUGAUCGACGUCUCGGUAGAUAACUUCAGCAACGAGGAUUUUGUGCGAAUGGGAAGUCAUUAUGAGAGAACCAAGGCCGGCGCAUGA